CUGGUGUGGUCAGUGUGUCAGUCAGUCCACGAGCGCGCGUCACACCGGGAAUAGUGCAACCUCUCUCGCACACAACGCUCCGUGAUUAUCCACGCAUCCGAGUCGAUCAAGUUUCGAGCGAAGGGAUCAGCGAACACGGGGGAGAGCCAGGCAGAUCGGGACGGCGAGGAGGGGACCACACAAUUGCGUGCGAUUUUUCGGGCGCGAGUUGGACCGACCGCGCGCGGGCCGGACGGCGAGAGGAUGGCGGACACCAAGGACGACUGCGCCGACAACGUGCAGUUCUUCGAGGGCGUCGAGAAGCUCCUCGAGAUCUGGUUCACCAGCUCCAAGGGCCUCAAGCAGCAUCAGGGUGAUCUUCGGCAGGUACCACGGCAAAAGUGGGAAUCGUUGCUUAAGAUAGUCCGUUGCGAGAUCAUCAGUUUUUGCCGCAACGACCAAAUGGACGCCUACGUUCUCAGUGAGAGCAGCAUGUUUGUGUCCAAACGCAGACUCAUACUGAAGACCUGCGGCACCACGACACCUCUGCAAUGCUUGGAGCCGCUUCUGGAACUCGUCGAGAAGUACACUGGGUUCGAUGAUGUUGAGAACGUCUUUUACUCCCGAAAGAAUUACAAGAAACCGGAGAUCCAGAUAUCGCCGCAUCAAACGUUCGAGGAGGAAGUUGCUCUGCUGGAUUCUCUUUUCCCUGACGGCGAAGCUUACUGCAUGGGCUCGCCCGAGACGGACUGCUGGUAUCUCUACACUUUGAUCCGCGACAAGUCGCCGCAGGAUUCGCCGGAGCCAGAUCAAACCCUGGAGAUACUCAUGACGGAUUUGGAUCCGGACGUGAUGUCGAUAUUCACCAGAGACGUUUGCUCGUCCGCCGACGAGGCGACAGUCAAGUCGGGGAUCGACAAGCUCAUCCCCACCAUGAUGAUAGAUGAUUUCCUAUUCGAACCAUGCGGAUACUCUAUGAAUGGGAUAUCUAAAAACGGCAGCUACAUGACGAUCCACAUCACGCCAGAGCCUGAGUUUUCGUACGUGUCAUUUGAAUGCAAUGUCUCGGAGACAUCGUACGACGAGAUAAUCCGUCGCGUGCUGAACACCUUCAAGCCGGGCAAGUUCGUCGUGACAAUUUUCGCCAACAAGCAAUCGGCGGCGGCCAACUGUCCGCGCGAGCUCGAGAAGCGGUCCGAUUACCUGAACCGCUCCGGCGACUGGCUGCGCACCGAUGUGCAGUACUGUCGCUUCUCAAAUUAUGAUUUGACCUGCGCCUUCUUCUCGCGCUUCCCGAGCUGAGGGUUCAAGGACGCUUC